AUCCCCAUUCCACGCUGACUUGCACUAUUGACAGCCUGCGACACUCGUUCUUGUUCGUUGCCAACACUCACCUCUUCGUCGCCUUGCCGAGUACUGCUUUCUGGUCGACAUGGGCACGAGUACUAGGCGAUCCAGCUUUAUUCCCGCCUCUUAACGCCCUCAUUACCUCGCUUUUAAGCGGAAGUCGUGCUUGCCCGGGGUUGCUUGCGACCACACCCUCCCAUCAUUACCGUCGUCGCCGCUGCGGAUGAGCCAGCCCAGUCAGCCCGACCGUCUUUUGGCCAACUUGACUGGCGCCUUUCCUGUGCUCUCGAGCCUUUUCGGGUUGUCGAAUAUGCGCAGCGACUUCACGAUCGAAGCCUGCGUUGAUUUCCUUCCUCCCCAUUGCGCGAGUCCGACCCGGCUGCAGUACUGAUCAUGGCCAGCUACCAGAAUGGACAGCCUUACUAUCCCCAGAACAACCAUCCUGCAUCAGGCCAGAAUGUCCCUUACGGCUCGCAGCCUGUCUACCCCUCACGCCCUCUUGAACGCACUUCAAGUUUCGAUGCCGGAGACGAUGAACGAAUGUUUGGCGGAGGCCAGGCGCAGGCGCAGCCUACCCAAGGAUACCAAGCGUACGCAGGGUCGGCUGGGACGAGCCCGCAUACAAACAGGACACAGUCCACAGCUACAUACAAUUCAGCGUCCUCUCCGUACAGAACCAACACGCAACAUGCGACGCUAGGAGGAUAUCAGCAUCAAUAUCAACAUCCUGUGGUGCCCGCUCAUCAACCCUAUAAUCCUGCCCAAUAUCAACAGCAACAGCAACAACAGCAGCAGCAGUCGACCUACGCUCCCCAAGGUUAUGCCACAUCGCCCUCUUCAUCUUACCCUAGCACAUAUCAGCCGUAUGUGCCAGCCGCAUAUGGGGACCAAAAUAUCAAUCUGCAGAACUCAGGAUAUAACAGCUACGGUUACUACGAUGCAAAUGCCCAAGUGCACUAUUCUACUUCCACAUCUCAACCUCCGCCUCCUCCGCCCCGUCCGGACCAACCAGCCGUCUACCCAAAUUUCCAAGCAUACAACGCCUAUGAGCACGAUCCUUCUCAGCUUUUCGGCAGUCACCACAGCACAUCCUCCACUGGCCAGAGUCAAUCGGCGCAUUCCCCUCCCGCACCCGCCCCUCCACCACACAACGCCUCGCUGUUGGACAGACGGCAUUCGCGCUCCACGAGCAUACAAGAUGAGAGAUUCUCCUAUGGGACAGGGGUUGCAGCGCCGUACCAGAACACCUCGUUGAACGCAUACUCAUCACCAGAUAUCAAUCGAAAUGCGUCAUUUGCGAGCCGCAUGAGCAAUCAAUCGGUGUCGCCGCAGCCGUCCAUUCCGACUCCGCCGAGUAGAAACCCUUCUAAUGCCUCUCCUCAGCGCACAGGCACUAAUCGACACCCCCAAGGCCGAUCUCUUCCAGGGGUACCAUCGGAGUCAGAGUCUGACAAUGACUAUUUCAAUUCAACAGGGACUCCAAACGCCCGACAGCGCGGUUCAGCCCCGGCAGCUUACGAUGAUCUGAUGCACCAUCUCGACGAGGCCAUUGGAGGUAACUCGUUGCAUGCGAGGUCUGCGAGCGAUCAAAGAUAUCGCAAUUCAAGAGACGGGGUUGCGGAGGGCAUGUUCCCGCAACAGCCUUCUCCGCAGCCUCGCCUUUCCCCGGAUGAAGCCCCUACUCACCUCAACGGAAACAUCGCCUCGACCGGUGACACCUAUAUCAACUAUGGAGCAUUCACCGAUGACAGUGAUGCAGAAGCGGCGGCUGGUCUCGCGGCUAUGCAAGCUCUAGAUGAGCAAGAAAGAGCCGAAGAUGCUCGCAGGCGUAGUGGUUCGGCCACAUUGUUUCCCAGUCAACCUCGUUCAGACGGAGGUGCGGCACACCCAUCGUCCCAGGAGCAGAGCAGUGACAGUGAUUAUACCGGCUACGAUCUCAGUUCUGCUGGCGGCGGCUAUGUCCCCGAUCUCUCGUACGGCGAGCCGACGAUGUCCAACUAUGCUGCUGCCGCUUCCAUGCCUCAAAGCGAGCUUUACAGCAGGCUGAACAACCGCAUGAAUUCGGUUCGAAGCUCCGGAGUGUCCUCGGAGGGACGCGAAUCGCAGGCAAGUGGUCAUGAAUCGUUACCGCCAAUCGAAACGCUUCAAUCUUAUGCUCCAGUUCCCAAUGUCGCGCGCGUAGAUACUGGGGGAACAGGAGGUCUUACAGAACCAAGUCCGCAUCCAAGACGACUAAGCUAUGAAGAUGGCGACGAAGGUGUAUUUGUUGAUUCAGAUAUUGGCGGAAGAUCAGGUGACACCAGCCCUUCUCGAGAUUCAAUUCCAGAUUUGUUCUUCCAUCCUGGCAUGAGCCAACAACGACCACUGCCUCCGCCUCCCUCGCAUUCGGAUCCUGGCCGGGUGCCACAUCUCAUGCCCGCAGGCACUUAUACUCAGCAAAGUCGGUUCUCACAAUACACUGAGACAAACAGACAAAGUUACCCUGCUGCGCCUGACGCAUACACCAAUGCUUUGCUCAGCCCAGCAUCUGUGCCGAGGUCUACUUCCUUGUCUAGUACUCGAAGUGCUCCUCGCGUGGAAUAUCCGAUCCGAUCCAAAACAGAUGCAGAUCGCCAAAAGGCGUUACGACAGCAAGGACGGCCUGUUUCAGACCUAUAUGAUAUUGCCAGCCCACAGUCAGCCGUUGCGUUGGACCUCCCAACCAUCCCGAGAAAACGCUACAACCCUGCUAAGCUUACCGCUGAUCAAUUUAAGAAAUGCUCGGAGCCGUGGGCUUUGAGCUCUAUUGUGACUUGGAUCAAAGAUUUGGCCGAAGAAGAAGUUGACCUGAAGGAACACCACAUUGCCGAAGGCAUUAUUGCCCUGUUCAUGAACAAGGUUCCGACAAUGUAUGUUACGGAAGCCGAAGUGUUGGGAGAAAGGGUAGUAAGGGAGAUGCUCGCCGCCAAUGCAUUGGUAAGAGAAGAGGAAUGGGUCAAAUUUGGACCUGGAACCACCUCAGGUGUUCUCUACCAAUUGACUGGAUCCGGAUGUUACUCCUCGAAACUCCAUCUCACACAAGCCAAGGGAAGAUGCUAUUCGUACCAUUGUAUGAGGACUCUGAGAAAGGUGGAUCUUGACACACUGCCUGAAGAAAAGAAGUCUGAAGAUUGGGCCACUUUUUACAAGCUCAAAAAAGAAGACAUUGAAAGUCACGAGAAGAAAGAAAUCGAACGACAGAAUGUACUUCAUGAGGUUGUCACGAGUGAAGAUCUUUAUAUCAGUCAGCUCGAUGUUCUACGUGUCCUCUACCGGGACAGACUCUCUACUGCACAGCCACCCAUCGUGCCUUCAAAGAAAUUGCCAACCUUUUUGAAAGAAGUUUUCGGUGGCGUUGACAAGGUUAAGAAAGUCAAUCAAGACUAUCUCUUGGGCCAGCUCAAAUAUCGUCAAACAGAGCAGGGCCCGUGGAUAGCGGGAUUUAGCGACAUCUUUCGUGAAUGGAUCCGAAAAGCUCGGCCUGUCUACGUGGAGUAUGCUUCCAAUUUUCCUCGAGCCGACUAUCUUAUGCGGCGUGAAGCCGAGCGAAAUUUCCAUUUCAAAAGUUUCCUCGAUCACGCUCGAGAUGACAAGCGGUCCAAUCGUUUGGGUUGGGACAAUUACCUGAAAGCCCCCAUCACAAGACUACAGCGUUAUAGUCUCUUGCUGUCAACUGUCCAGAAAAACAUGCUGAAAGAGUCGGAAGAGAAGCACAACCUUGCCUACGCACUGGACGAAAUCCGUGCCGCUACCUAUGAAUGCGAUGCCAAGUUCGCCGAGAUGACCAAGAAGAUGGAAUUGAUUGAGAUGCAAACCAAGUUACGACUUCGACCACCGAUGGAAAAGGAGGUGGAGCUCAACCUCGACCACCUGGGUCGCGAGAUCGUCUUUCGGGGUGAGCUACAACGAGCCGGUGGUAAGGGCUUCCAAUGGGUCGACACUCAUGCAAUUCUUUUCGACCAUUAUCUGGUGCUUGCGAAGCCUCUCAAUCGAGACCGAAAAGAAGGCUAUUAUGACGUGUCAAAAGUGCCUAUACCGAUGGACUUGCUCGUUUUAGAAAGUGCGACAGAUCCUGCUGUGGUGAAAUCUUCCGUCAAAGGCAUCGGUGCCGUUACGACGACCGUGGUCCCUCGAGGCCAGCCAACAACGGAUACUCGACUCAAUCGGGCACAGUCAUCUUCGAGUGGCGGCCCAGGCACCUUGACACAUCAAACCACAAACUUGUCCAUAGGAUCUGGAAGUGCCAGUCAAUCCAUGGUGCCAAUAACCACAUUGGAUUCUGGGAGUUCGAAAGAGGAAAAGAUUAUGUAUCCUUUCCGCAUCAAGCAUCUUGGAAAGACUGAAACAUAUACCCUAUACGCUCCCACGGCGCAGAAUCGGCAAGACUGGUGCGAGGCCAUCAUUCAAGCCAAGACUAGACAUGCAGAGGCACUCUUUUCUCAAAAUGCCGAGCCAUUCAAGCUUCGUGUUCUGGCAGAUACGUCUUUCGGCUACGAAGGCCUAGCGUACCCUGGGAAACAAAUCAAAAUCCGUGGAACACCACUCGAUCGAGCUAUCCAGGAAGCCGAGAAGAAGUUUGAGGGUCAAGGUCGGCCGGCGCCCGUGUGUAGAGCCCAAGUCAACUGUGCAACUGUUUUCAACCAACCGUAUGGUAAACUCAUGUGUGCGGUCGGGACUGACUAUGGUGUUUACAUCUCCGAGUAUCAAAACUCUCGGGGAUGGGUCAGGGCUAUUCAGAUGCAACGGGUGACGCAAAUUUCAGUACUCGAGGAAUUCAACUUGUUCUUACUCAUCUCAGACAAAGCCUUGAUUGCAUAUCACUUGGAUGUGGUAUGUCCACCAUCGGGACUUCCCCCUUCACACGCCGAUACAUCAAGUCGCAAAGCACCUCAGAAGCUGUCUGGCUCGAAGGAUGUCGGCUUUUUUGUGUCUGGCAGGAUGAAGGAACGCACUUUGGUGUUUUACAAGAAGAGGGAUGGUAUCGUAUCGACGUUCAAAGUUCUUGAGCCCGUUUUGCAAAAGAGCACGACCAGUCGAUCACGCUUUUUGCCAUCUGCGUCGCGCCGAGGCCAAACGGAAUUCUUCAGGGAGUAUGACGAAUUCUACAUCCCGGCCGAGUGUUACAGCCUCAACCUGUUCCAGUCGAGCUUGGCGAUAUCAACGGCAAGAGGGGUUGAGGUAUUGACGCUGGAAAAGAAACAGACAUGGAGCGUGCCCAACCUGAGGAGUGAACAACCCGAGACUCAGGCUCAUUUGAGUUCGAUCGCUAGUCGUAUCAAGGAUCUGAAACCCUUGGGGAUGUUCAGGCUUGGGGAAGCAGAGUUUUUGGUUACGUUCGAAGAAUGUGCGGUGUAUGUCAACAAACACGGAGACAUUUCUCGUGGAGUGGUGAUGGAAUUUGUGGGUCGAGCCAAGUCGGCCUGUCUAUACGCGCAAUACUUGAUCCUGGUGGACGACGAUUUUGUCGAGAUUCGAGAUGCCCAGAACGGCAGACUCAAGCAGGUCAUCGUCGGUAAAGACAUCAAAUUGAUUGAUGACGGCGGUGGCGGUGUGGGCGGUGCCCAGACACAGGCUGCUCUAGGAGGUGGAAUUAAUGGACUAGGACUCAAGAAUUUCGGGAAUGCACCACGAAUGCCGAAGCUGGUGUUACAACAUCCGGAACAUGAAAAGAGUCAUGUUCUCGUCGAGCUGCUAUUGACGACCGAGACGGAAUAGGGAUUGGCUUGUUUUCACGGGAACUCCGAGGAGGGAGUAUUUAUUGUCAAGUAAUGAAUCACCUGGACUGAAAGAACUCGGAUAAGGUUUUUGCGGAAAGAGAGAACGGGCAUGACUGAACGACCUUGGAUUAUGGCUGUUGUUGUUAGUGUUGAUGGUGCUACUACUAUUGACGAGUGAGUGGUAUUAUACGGGGUACAAGAACAGCAAAGAAUAUCACACCUUUUUUGUCUUCA